AUGCCCAUCAACGUCGAGCAUAACAUGUCCGCCGGAGAGGGCUUGGGAAAGACCCACGAACACCGAAAGAUGGACAACAGCAUGAAAGCCGCCGAGAAGGAUGCACCCAAGCCGUGGCUCACGCAUCCAGAUGGCAAAUGGUCUCCCCGUCCGCACGUACCCCAUGACUGCCCGGUGGAGUAUGGUGGCGUGGAGUCCUGCGAUUUCUGCCUUGAGAUCAACGGAGAGUUGGAGUCACCGAGAUCGAAGGAGGAGCAAGUGACUGUUGCCCCAUUGCAUCCCUCCAGCAUGUCGUCGGACCUGGUCAUCACCAUCCGAGGCUUCAAGCAGGUUUCGAAGUGGAAGGGAAUCAAGACAUGGGAGGACCUGGAAAGUAUGCACACGGAGCUGGAGCUGGAGAGGCCGCACCUUGACGUGAACCCACCGCCAUUCAUCUGCCAGCAAGAGUUUUACCACGUGCCCCCUGCGCUUUGGAGCUACUACACCAAGGAGACGUGCGUCGCCAUCGAGCCCUGGCUCUGCGACGUUCUUCAUAAAGGAGAAGGAUCGCAGUCCCUCAAGCGCUUCUUGGAGGAAAUCACGCCUGACUCCUGGAGUUCUCCAGCGCACGACGUGUUGGCCCUGCCGGUGGCUUCACACAUCCUCGAGUUCCUUGCCGCACCAGUGGACAUGGUCAGGACCUUUGUCCUGGGUUCGAAGUCCAUUGCCGAGCACAGCUGGCAGAUCCGUACAGCGAAGUGGGAGAUGAUGUUUCGAGAUCGUUGGCCCGCCUUCUUCGAAUGCCUCAGGUACGAAGGACGUGCGCAGGCGGUCCUCGACUCUUGGCACGGUCUGGUCACAUCUCGAAGACUAUCUGUAGCGUACAUGCACGCCGCUGUCGCCACAAGACCCUGA